AUGACACACUUCAAGUCCUCGAAACCCAAGUUCGAGCCAGAACACGACAGAUCAGCAAGCAAGCAUCCGCCGAGCUACUCCCAGCGACUUCAGCAAGGACUUGGCUCUCUCGGUCUCGCAACAAUAGGCGGCGGCACCGCUUUGGUACUCGCACUCCUAGGUUUCCUCCUAUUUUUAUGGACCGGAGAAGGUUCGCAAGACGGCAAGACAGCCACAGCCCUGUGGCGAUGGGUCAUGCUCAACCAGCACAUUACGCAGGCCAUCACUCUAUCAACAGUCUUACUUCGCAUAGCAGUAACAGCACAGGCAUCCAUCUACACAAGCCUCAUCGCGGGUGUUGUGUUAGAGAAGCACGGCGUUCCUCUCUUCCGAGUCGCUGAGAUAUCCAUAAUUCGGUGUACAAACGACGGGCCGUUCCAACUGACUUGGCUACUCAUGACAUCUGCACGAAAAGCCUACAUGCCGACCGGGUUAGCAGUUUUGCUAUUGCUCACGACCUUUGUUGUUCAGUUCUCAUCGACGCUCCUGGUGUCUGAUUUGGGUAUGAAUGAUCUUGUGGGUGACGCCAAAGCAAGGACACUCAACGUGCAUAUGAGCCGCGAUGUCAUCUCGCUGAAUCGGCAGAUGAACAACUGGAUCAGUCGCCCGACCGCAUAUGUGCCAUUUGGAGAGUCCCCUUCAGAGUCAAACACGACGUUAAAUAUCCAGUCGAGCUUCACCGAUACUGGCAUCGUACAAAGAACUUUUCUGCCCCUGUCAACGUCGCAAAUGUCUACGCUGCGCCACUACACCGGCGGUGUCUACGGCUUUGAGUCGCGCUUUGUGUGUCUCCGUCCGUCGGUUUCCGCCUUUCUUUCAGUGACUGUUCCAGCACCGGGCUCGGAUACUGUUCCUUUCUACCUGAACGUAGCGGGCGGUUUAUCAUAUGAGACCAUGUUCCGCGAGGCAGGUCUAUUACCUCCAGAAAACUGCGAAAACGGGAGCUGUUUUCCAUCAGCUUUUAACUGCUCGCUGCCUCAAUUUCAAUACACCGAAACGCAGGCACGGCAGGGCUUUACCAACAGCUUGUGCAUUCCGAAUGGCACAGCCGCGCGACCGAGUGCUCAGAAUCAUACCAUCUCGGACGAUCCCAUCACGGCAUACUCUCAGGUGUUCCUAUUCUUCAGAAAUAAUGGCACCCACGAUCUGUGGAAAGGACCGGAAAACCGCGUCCUGGCGGGAACAUUUGGUUUGAACAAUGUUUCUUCUACUGAUGGUGAAUGGCUCACGUAUAAUCGUCCAAUUGGGGGAAGACUUCCCAAGGGGGAAAGAGUUGAGACGGGCGUAUUGAGGCUGGAUAUGUCCCUCUGCUUUCAACAACUGGCAUUCAACUUUGCGCAUGUUAAGCUUUCUAGCAAGAAGGACCUGAAGGAGUCGCAAGUAACUUGGAAUCCGAGGACCAAGGCCUGGAAUACGAACAAGAUCCAGAAACUCAUGGGCGUUGGAGCCCACGGCAAGAGCGCCAACAGCCGCGGAAUCUUCUCGCUGGAUUCAGUACAAACCCCAUGCCACCUAAACGCGACGCAAUACUUAACCAACAAGCUCAUUAACGACUUGUACAGCUCGCCGCGAACGUUUAACCUUUCUCUCUUCAUGGAUCCUCAGGGCAGCGGAAACUCUCCCAUCAAGCCACACGUCGAAUACCAGGCUAUCUUUGCCGACAUUCUCAAUGUUACCAAUCGUCCCGGCGUAGCGAUGCAGUCUACCCUCACAGCUCUCUCGGGUUCUAUCAUCAACGAAGCCCUCCCGCAGUUCGACGUCCAGGCCAACGCCAUCAUGACUUCUUCGGUGCGUGUGAUGACCCCAAAGAGCCUGCGGGGUUUGCUCAUCAUCUUCGGUGUCAUGGCCUUGAACAUGGCUUGUGGUCUUGCCGUGGUGCUUGUUUUCAUGUUUCAGAGUCGGUACUCUAGCCAAGGGAACUACUGGCAGGCUGUGGCCCAAAUCGUGUCUGAUGAGACGGCGUGGAUUCUAGAGGGGGUUACUGACGCAAGUGAUGGUCAUGUCGAGGAUGAGGUAAAAGGUUCGAACAACCUCGUCUGUGUUAGUCGUUCAGAUAGGAGUGGACGGGUGCGUGUGGCUCCAUUUAAAGCUGUAUAG